AGGGAAAAGCCUAACUGUGAUUCCGCCCUCUGGCAACCGCACUUUUCCUGACAGCCGAUAGAGCGGCAACGAAGGCGGAGCCGCCAAGACAAAACUUGCGGGAAGGAAAGGAAAAUGGCUCGGCCCGCCGGGGCAGCGUUUUGGCGGCUGCGGCACCUCUUUUCCCACCUCUCCCGCUCUGCCACGCUGGCAACGGUCCCGAGAUCGAUGGCUGCCUAUAGCACUGCCAUAACCUCAGCGAAAGUAGAAGUGAAUGGCAUCCACCUGCACUACCAACAGACUGGGAAUGGGAAUCAUGCUGUCCUCCUCUUCCCUGGCAUGCUAGGUAGUGGUCAGACUGAUUUUGGCCCCCAGCUGAAGAAUAUGAACAAGGAGAUUUUUACUGUUGUUGCCUGGGACCCUCGAGGAUAUGGAAAAUCAAUCCCUCCCAUUCGAGAUUUUCCUCUAGACUUUUUUGAAAGAGAUGCAAAAGAUGCUGUUGACUUGAUGCAGGCACUGAAGUUUCGGAAGUUCUCUUUGUUGGGAUGGAGCGAUGGUGGAAUAACCGCACUCAUUGCAGCUGCAAAAUAUCCAGAAUUGAUCUGCAAAAUGGUGGUGUGGGGAGCCAAUGCGACCGUUACAGAAGAAGAUGUGAAAAUUUACAAUGGUAUCCGUGAUGUUUCAAAAUGGAGUGAAAAAACAAGAAAACCUUUGGAAGAAAUGUAUGGAUAUGAAUAUUUCAGCAAAAUAGGUUCAGCUUGGGUAGAUGGAAUCUCCCAGUUUGUGCAAAAGUCAGAUGGUGAUAUCUGUCAGCGACUGCUGCCUCAUAUUAAAUGCCCAACACUAAUUAUACAUGGUGAGAAAGAUCCAUUGGUACCCCGUUUUCAUGCAGAAUACAUCCACAAGCAUAUCCGAGGUUCACGGUUGCAUUUUAUGCCUGAAGGAAAACACAAUUUACAUCUACGGUUUGCAGAAGAGUUUAACAAAAUGGUAGAAGAAUUUCUAGUGUAAAGCACCUACUUCUUUGCUGUUCCUGAGAGACUGGUAUAGUUCAGCUGAAACUGGCAACAGGGCACUGUAUUCUUAAGAUAGAGUGUGACAAGGGAAUUUCCGUGCCCUACCCAUCUUUUCUGCAAAUGGCGGUAAAACGGAUGUAUGCCAAUAAUUCCCCAUGGGACAUGGAAAAUGAUUAAAAACUGCUAAAAACAGGAAUAUUUUCUCAAAAGCUUUGUAAAAAAUAUUUAGGGGGGCUGCAUAAGUUUCAAUAAAUACUUUUAUUGCCCAGAUUCAAUCUUGAAGAAAAGCACAGACAGAAGUCAUUAUCCAAAAUGCAUGCCUCAACAUUGAACACCACACAAAAGCUAUUGUAGAAUUUUACUGCAGACAUUCUUGAAGACUUUACACAAUGCACAAAAGGAAGCAACGUAAGAAGACAGUGCCACAGAAAACAUGCUCAAUCACAGCCGUCUGAAUUCAUGCCUGCUCUACUAGUAUUCUAGUUGCAAGUGUGCCUGUUUCUGCCUCAAAGUCUUAAAGAGUUUUAUUUUUUUAAAGAAAAAGGCUGCAGACAUGAUUUGGAACAUAGUGAUUCCAAAUAUUGAAAAAAAAAACCCACCUUGGUUCUUAAAGUGAGAGGGAAUAAAGCUCCUAACUUUACAAGCCAAUGAUUUCCUAUGUUACAAAAAAAAAUAGUUUUAGAAACCAGUUGUUGCAAUACCUGUGUCUUUUGAGGACCCUGAUCCCAAAAGUUGGAAAUGAUCAAUUCGAAUCACAAAGUGUUACAAGUUACACCCAGAAUUCUAAUUGCAACUUUAAACACUUUUAUCCAGUGGGUAUUCUUGUGAGAGCACCAGACGAGGAAAACCUAAUCAAAAUAAAUUUACCUACUGCCUCCGCAAUUGUGUAGAGUAUUCUUUAGCAUGUGCGAAAAUAUUUCAUGGGGUAGAUUAAAAAAAAAAAGAUUUCUGCUUACUCUAAUUGGUAGAGAUACUGAUCUUCCUUGAUUACUGCCUUUCUAGC